UCGUCUCUUCUCUGCAGUAGGACCUUACCUGUUCCUCGGUCCAGCACUGUAGAGGCUUCCGGCGUCGGCUUCUUUAGUGUCCGCAGUCUCUUGGUCAUCCCCUGUACUGUCUUCAGUAUCUGGGCAUCUGUACUGUGUCCGCAGUCUCUGGUCAUCCCCUGUACUGUCCGCAGUCUCUGGUCAUCCCCUGUACUGUCCGCAGUCUCUGGUCAUCUGUACUGUGUCCGCAGUCUCUGGUCAUCUCCUGUACUGUCUGCAGUCUCUGGUCACCUCCUGUACUGUGUCCGCAGUCUCUGGUCAUCUGUACUGUGUCCGCAGUCUCUCUGGUCAUCUCCUGUACUGUCUGCAGUCUCUGGUCAUCCCCUGUACUGUCCGCAGUCUGGACAUUCCCCUAUACUGUCUGCAGUCUCUGGUCAUCCCUUGUACUGUCAGCAGUCUCUGGUCAUCCCCUGUACUGUCCGCAGUCUCUGGUCAUCCCUUGUACUGUCUGCAGUCUCUGGUCAUCCCCUGUACUGUCCACAGUCUCUGGUCAUCCCUUGUACUGUCCGCAGUCUCUGGUCAUCUUCU